CAGCCACAAUAACCAAAUAGGUACAAACAGUUUCGCAUUUUUGGUAAUUGUUCUACUGGAUGUACUUUUCCUUAGUCCGUUGCUCUAUACUAGCCUCCGGUUUGUGUCUGUGUCUGUGUCUGAGUCUCUGGGCAUCUUUAGUGUCCUUCUGGUCUAUCCCUGCCACGUCUAAUAGGUUAUGAGCCCAACGCUCUGACCAUAAGGACAUCUUUGGCAAUUUUCACCCUUAUCACUUUCCGAUCUAUUCAACAUCUACCUCGAUCUACUCACCAUGGCUAUUGGCAAUGCUAUCCUCAAGGGUCUUGAGAGUGUCCCAGAGCUCAAUGACUCCAACUGGUUCACCUGGUCCAAGCCUAUGAUCAAAUUCCUGAAUGCCUGUGGAGCACAGUAUGUCCAUGAUCCUUUGACUGCUGCUGUUCCCAAGGACAAGGAGGUUUUGGAUGGAGAGAUUAACUGGUUGAUCUAUGGGAAGGUCUCUGAGGAUUGGCAGUAUUUGGUUGCUGAUGUGGAGCAUGCUUGGGAGUCUUGGAAGGCAUUGAAAGGGCAGUUUGAGAAGUCGACUAUGGGCAGCAGGCUGAAGGCACGUUCUGAAUUCCACAAUGUUGUCCACGACCCCUCGAAGCCCAUCUCCCACUAUGUCCAAUCAGUUAUGGCUGCCAGGGCUGUCCUGAAGAGCCUGGGCCAUGAGCCUGAUGAUGUGGAGACUGGUGAUGUCCUCCUCAUGAAUCUCCAUUCAUCUUUCGACACUAUCCGCACCACCAUUCUCACUUCCAAGGAUGAACCCUCCCUCUCCACCAUAAAAUCAACUCUUCUUGGUUCUACUGCUUCCGCCAAUGUCUUCAUCAAGUCUGAGCCUUCCCCUAUUGCUUUGGCUGCUCGUGCUGGUGGAAGAAGGGGUUUUGGUACUGGGGGAUCUGGUUAUGGAGCUGGAGGAUCUGGUUAUGGGUCUAGAGAGGAUGAGAAGGGUUUCCGUUGGUGCGAUCCGACCCAGGAGAGCGCUUGUCACCGGUGCGGUCGUCCUGGUCAUAUCGCUGCUCGAUGCAUCCAUGAUAUGCCCCAACAUGUCAAGGACUGGGUUAUGUCUCCCCCUGGUCGCUCCGCCUCUGCUCAGACAGCUUCUGUCCUUCAAGAUGAGCAAUCUGCUCGACUUGCAGCUGCGACUGCUUAUGGCAAGCAUCUCCGUCAAACACUCUUCACUCGCGAAGCUGGAUUUGCUGGGAGUGACGAAGAAGAUGAGGGAGGGGAAGUUGUACCUGAUGGUGGUUAUAUUGAGGAAAGUUCUCAAGUCUUUAUUCAUUCUUGAUGGUUGCUUGGUGUGGUGGGAGUUGAUCAAUUUUUCUUUCAAAAUUUGUGGAGGAGUUUGUGGGGACGCCUGUUUGUCAGUUUAGGUGGGAGUCUUAUCCUUCUUGCGUCCUCACAAGGUGGGAGUGUUAGGAUUGGAUUGUAUCAGACGCUUUCAGCAGCCA